AUGGAAGCGAGCCGAGGCGGCCAGCGGGGCACAGCGCUGGCGCACGCCGCGCGGGCCGGGGGCCCAGGGUUCUUUCCGUUCUUGACCAAACCAGAGGACGACAUCACCCUCGAGCCGCUGCAAUGGCGGGAUGAGCGGCCUGUGGCCCAGACUCAGAACCAGCCAUGGGCCACCACCCCGACGGACAUCACGCCCGACGCUUCCUUUGAGCCAGCGCUGUGCCCCCUUUUGGUGAUGAAGUUUGGUGGCACAUCGGUGGCAGGAGCAGAGGCAGUGCGCAGGUGUGCCUCAAUCGUUCGCAAGGCGCAAUCCGACAGACCGAUAGUCGUUGUGAGCGCAAUGGGCAAGACGACCAAUGCGCUGCUGAGAGCAGCCAAUGCCGCACUGGAGUCUUCCAACGUGGACAUCAGCGAAAUCAGGAAGACGCACGAAGAUGCGCUCGAGCAGCUAGGGGUGCAGAUGCCGAGCUCUGUCUCCGAUCUCUUGGCUGAGCUAGAGAAACUCCUCAAUGGAAUCGCUCUGCUCAAGGAAAUAUCUACGCAAACGCGAGAUCGCAUCGUGUCCUUCGGCGAGCGGUUGAGUGUACGCGCAUUUGCUGCUGCGUACAACCGCCUUAGAGAAAGUCCCGAGGAGGUGGAGGCUAGAGCUAUCGAUGCCUGGGACAUCGGCAUGCAGACCACCAGCGGCUCCGGAUCUGCGGACUCCGCCUUUACCUCGGUGGAGAUCCUCGAGGAUGCGUCCACGGAAAUCAGCGACAAGCUGAGCCCGCUCAAGCUGCAUUACUCCCAUGUACCAAUCAUCACUGGCUACAUAGCGAAGGACCCCAAAGGGGUCAUCACCACCCUGGGCCGCGACGGCUCGGAUCUCACGGCCACGGUGAUCGGCGCCGCGGUCAAGGCCUCUGAGGUGCAGAUCUGGAAGGACGUGAGCGGGGUGCAGACCACGGAUCCCCGGGUCAUCGCAUCUGCGAAGCCGGUCAGGAUUUUGACCUUCGAGGAGGCGGCGGAGCUGUCCACCUUUGGCGCCAAGGUGGUGCACCCGGCUGCGGUGCUGCCGGCCUGGCAGCAGGGGGUGCCCAUGAGCGUGCGCAACUCCAUGGCCCCGGACGACCCAGGCACCCGAAUAGUGCCCCAGCUGGACGAUGAGGAGAAGCGCGAGAGGAGGGUCGCAGCCAUCAGCAGCAAGAAGGACAUCACCAUGAUCGUGAUCAAGAGCAGUCGAAUGCUUGGCCAGCAUGGCUUCCUGGCCCAUGUCUUCUCAGUCUUCAACAAAUUCGCGGCGUCAGUGGAUGUGAUUGCCACCUCCGAGGUGACCAUUUCGCUGACCCUCGAUGAAGGCUACAAGCAGGUGGACAUUCACUCCAUCGAGAGGGAGUUGGGGAAGGUGGCCAAGGUAUCGGUGCUCCAUGACAUGGCGAUGCUGACCCUCAUCGCGCCCAAAUCCGACUCGGUGGGGAUCUUGCGCGCCUCCUUCGCCGUCUUCGAGGACAUGGGCAUCAAUGUGGAGAUGGUCUCGCACGGAGCGUCCAACGUCAACGUCACCUUCGUGAUCCAGGGUGAGCACCUGCUGAAAGCCUCGCAGCGGCUCCACGACACCUUCUUCGGCGUGGCAGAGCUGCGCUCGGCGGUGCUGGAGCUUUUGGCGUCCACAAAGUUUCCCUUCGUGCACGCCGCGUACGUCCUGGGUCUGAAUGGGUCUCACUACAGCCUUGACACCACUGCCGAAAGGCACUAUGGCAUUCCGGUGCAACUGCCAAGGCUGCUCUGCAACCUUUUCAAACUGGAGGUGCCUAACACGGACUUCACCUCGGUGAGGAUCCAGAAGUUUGCGUCGGCGGCGAAUUUUGGGGGCGCCCACCGCACGCUGCCGGUGAAUCUACAUACGCCCUACUUCCCGGAUGCGGAGGCGCGAGGGAGCGGAGCGGGCGCCAGGGAGGCGCCAGCCAGUGGAUUCCAGGCUUUGGGGUGGGAAGCCAUUGGCUUCAUUUCGCCGGGCUGGCGGCUGGCGGUUUUCAAGGGAGAGACACGUCCAUCCCCCACAGAUUUCACGAGCUGA